GUGUGCGCGGCACAUUAGUGUGCCGCCAAAGAUUUGCAGGUGUGCCGCUGGAGUUUUUAGAAUGCCACACGUGCAGCGUUACACUGGUCUGCCUAAUAUUAAAUUUUUAUUUUACGUUGCAAUGACAUCUCCACUUGCAGUGACCAGUAGUAGUAGUGGAUCUUUCCAUUAUGACGGAAAGGGGUGUUAGCUAUUCAGGUUAUGGAAUUGUCCCCUAUACAUAUAUUAUUAUAAUGAAUAAAAUGUUGGCCGCCUUAGCAGACGCACAGCAGUUCUCGACUUGGUAACGAUAAUAAUAAGCGAUGUGUUUCAUGUAAAUUGGUUAGGUGUAUGCUAAUAAUAACAAAUUAUCAAUAAGCCUUAUUCAUUGUUAUCCAUGGAGAAAUACGUUAGCAAGAAUGAAACUGCAAAAGCGUUAAAUGAAAAGCAAGGAACCAAACGAAGGUACAAAGAAGAUUACACCAGAUAUGGUUUCAUAUCUUCUGAACCAUUGCCAUUCUGUCUGAUCUGCAAUGCAACUCUGUCGAAUGAGGCGCUUGUUUCAAGCAAAUUGAAGAGACACUUGGAAACUAAAUAUCCAGCUGUAAAAGCGCAACCGAAGAAAUACUUUUGAAAACAUCAGGGCUCAACAAAAUAAACAAGCUAAGACACUUACGAACUACCUAAAGCUGCCAGAAAAAAGGGAUUGAUUGCAAGUUAUAAGGUUGCUCAGUUAUUAGCCAAACACAAGAAAGCACACACAGAGGCUGAAUCAGUCAUUGCACCAGCUUUAGCAAUAGUUGUUGAAACUAUCCUUGGACCCGAUGCCGCCGAAAAAGUUAAAAAAGUUCCUUUGUCAAAUGAUACUAUCUCGCGCAGAAUUGAAGACUUAUCGUCAGAUUUACAAGAUCAAAUCUGCAAGCACUUCGACGGGACUGACGAUGACGUGUCUCUGCUGUGGACUCUUCAAGUUGAUGAAUCCACAGACAUUAGUGGCAAAGCCCAGCUGCUAGCCUAUAUUCGAUUCAUAAAGGAUGAAAAAUGUGUCAACGAAUUCUUAUUUUGAAAAGACUUACCAACUACGACCAAAGGCGAAGAUAUUUUCAAAGUGGUGAACGAAAAUGUUUUGCUAUUCAAACUACAGUGGGAAAACUGUCAGCGUUUGCAACGAUGGCUGUCCUUCCAUGCAGGGAAAUAGAAAGGGAUUCUUCAAUCUUGUGCGUCAAGAAAAUCCAAAUGUAUUAGUUGUUCACUGCAUGAUCCACAGAGAAGCUCUUGCCUUCAAAUCUUUACCGAAAGAUUUGAUGUCUGCUCUGGAUCAAGUGAUUCAAGUUGUAAACUUCAUCAAAUCUCCACCGCUUGCAUCCCGACUUUUCUCUCUGCUCUGUGAAGCAAUGGAUUCAGACUAGAAAUGUCUCCUGUAUCACACCAACGUUCGUUGGCUCUCCAGGGGAAAACUGUAAAAGCGCGCCGUCCAACUCAAGGCUGAGCUGAUUUCAUUCUUGGAGGCUGAAAAAAAAAGACUUUGGAUUUUCUAUUCAUGACGAGAUCUGGUGGUUAAUGUGACAUUUCUCUCUGAUUUAUUUGACAAAUUAAAUUCAAGGACCAUCGGAAACCAUCAUCACUGCAUCCUCAAACUGAAUCAUUUGGUGAAAAAUUGUCUUUGUGGCAAAGUAAGAUCUCGAAAGGAGUCUUCGACUGCUUUCCUACUUACAAUGAAUGUGCUUCAACUAAAGAAAUCACCCCCGAAAUUCUGGACACUUUGACACACUUGCAGUCAGCAUUGUGGCAUUAAUUUUCAACAGUUGGAAGUAAUGAAUAUGGAUGGGUCAGUUAUCCAUUUGGAAACAAUGAAGCUACAAAUUUGACAACUGAAGAAGCAGAGAAGCUCAUUGAUUUAAAGAAACGAUGCCAUUCUUAAGUCAAGUUUUGCCGAGAAAAGCCUGGAUGUGUUUUAGAUUUCAAUCAACAAGUUAUAUCUUGCAAUCAGUUUAAAAGCAAUCAAAAUAAUUCUUCCAUUUGCAUCUUCAUGGUUUUGUGAGUUUGGAUUUUGAGCACUGACUGAAAUCAAGUCUAAGAAAAGAGAGAGACUUCUUAAAAUAGACGAUGAAAUGUGAGUUUGUUUGUCGACUAUGGAGCCUCGAUUAGAUCACAUUUGCUCUCAAAAAACAGGCACACCCUUAAUAUUAAAUAUAUUACUUAAAAACAGGUAAAUUUUUUUUCUUUUUAUUAUAAAACAACUGUUGCUCUUCGUGGUGUGCCGCGAAACUUUUGUAGUUUUUUUUACUGUGCCGCCAGACAAAAAAGUUCGAGAAACACUGCUCUAUAGUCACAUGGUCAUAGUGUCUAUAGACUAGACUAGAGUAGAGUCAAGAGUGACUAGACUAUUACCGUAUUAUGAUUAUGACUUUAACUUUAAGUUAUAUAGUAUCUAGACUAUACUAUAGUACUAUACUCUUAUAGUAUUAAUUAUUAAUAAGAAGUAUACCAACAAAUGUGUAAUAAAUAAUAAAUAAAUAUAUACUAGAUCUAGAAUGAAAGAGGAUGAAAAAUGCUUUCCAACAACAACACAUUUAUGAUGCUAGCAUUAUUAGUUCAAAAUUUAUUGAGAUUUUAAGUUUGCCCAAAGCAUGACUGACAUCCUAUGGACUUUAUAUAGACUAAUAUAGAGAAAUAAAAAAAAAAGUGAAGCAAUUUUUUUUUACGUGAAUAUUUCAGAAACUAUUGUGAAUACAUAUAUACUUCUUCUUCUUCUUCUUCUAGCCAGCUUUAUUGCUGCUGAGCUGUGAGCUCUUUUGCAGACUGUGCCAAGGAAAAAAAGUGUGCUGUUUUAUACAUAUAUACAAAAGUAUAGAUCUAUAUCAAAUUGAACAGUUUCAAGGAAGAAUUUUUUAAUUUAUUAGUGGCAAAUUAAAAUAAAAUUAAAAAUUUUAAAUAUCACUAGUAAAUUACGAAAAACUAAAAUUUUUAAAAUUUUCUUUAAUUAGAGUCUAUAAAAAGAUAAAUGCUCCCCAUUGACAAGUUUUUGACACAAUAAGCUUUUGAAUUGAUCUAGAUCUAUCUAGUUAUACAACUAUAGUGUAUUCAGAACAAAGCUGUACAAAUAGUCCUUAGAAAAAACAAGACAAGAUUCUGCUACUACGCUCUUGCGCACGCUCCAUUGGCUUCCCGUGAAAGCGAGAAUCAAUUACAAGGUGGUCAAACUUUGUCAUCAGUGUAUAUAUAACAAUGGGAUGCCCUUGUACCUUAGCAAACUGAUCACUCCAUAUGUCCCUCAGAGAGCCCUGCGCUCAAUGGACUCAAUGCUUCUAGUGGUGCUACGGUCUGCAGGCUUUUUCAGUGCACGGCCCUAAGAAAAUAUGGGCUCAGAUCAAAGUGUUCUGCCAGCAGGUGCACCAGGAAGUAAUUUGAGAUCCCAGCGAGAUGAGGAAAUACCCUACACACAAUACUCCAUCAGUAAACCUAUUGACUCACAUUCCCCAAGGCAAUCUCCUCGACCUAAUAAGACUCACAAGCCGGUUGUAAAGCAAGAGAAAUAUGGCACACCAAAGCAUGAGAUAGUAGUGGUCGCAGAUGGACUCAUACCUGUGAAAGAUCCAGACCCUGAACUCACCAAACUCAACACUAUUCCUUUUUUCUUCCCAAUUUUAAGAGGAUCAUUGAAUAUUCCUAUCGGAACUAAGGAGUUGGACAUUCUUGAUAAAUUGGACCACAAACAGCUGCUACUUCUGUGUCUGAGAUACCAGGAUCAUUUAAGGCAAUUGGCUGAAGCUGUGGCUUUUGACCAAAAUGCUCUCUGCAUUCGAAUAAAAGAGAUGGACCAUACAAUCCAUAUGCUGAUGAAUACCCUGAUAGAAAGACAGAAGAAGUACAGCAAAUAUGUGGAACAAUUUGGUCGAGUUUCAGAAACUUUGCUCACCUUGAAAAAAAUUCAAAAGUCAAUGGAUGACAUAGUCCCUAGGAUGGACAUACUGAAUCGACUGCUGCCAACUUCUGAACAGUUGGAACCUUUCUCCAUCAAGAAUGAUGUACACUUGCUGAAACCUUGACCAUCAAUUUAGUCUCUUUUUUACACUUCUGUAAAGUAUCUGGUAAUUCUUAGUAUGUAAUGUGUAUAAAUAUCUGUUGUUUAUUCAUUAAAAACAUUAUGUUGGUUAGAAAAGGGGCAUUUGUACACAAAAUGUUUUAGUAAUUUUAAUCAGGACAUUCUUUUCCUCCUUUUUUUAAAGCUUUUUAUCAUGUCCCCCCCCCCUUUUUUUGUUUUUUUAAACUUUAUAAUUAACCUUAACACUUCCAUUCAAAACUUAAGACCUUAAAAUGUAGGAUUAAUUUUAGAUUUUGAUUUAUUUCUCCUAUCUUAUUGUCUCAAUAUCACUUUGCCAUAUAAAUGUGGUGUUUCUUUUUAAAUUAUUUAUUAUUUUUUCUUGGUAUUCAGUCAAGUAAAAUUGUUCUUUUUAACAUGUCUGAGAAUACCAACUUAUUGUAUAAACUAUAUGAGAUUCAUUCAAAUAUCAUCGUCUUUCAUAUAUCUUUUAAAUCAAAUAAUUAAGCCUUGUGGUGCUAGAGUGGAUUAAAAUAAAUGUAGCAGUGAAAAGUCAAGGAUGGCAACUUGGCAAGGUGCAGCUGGGAAAGAGUACUCAUUAUAGAAGGCUAACAAGGACCUGUGAUGUCACAACCUGUGGGCAGUGGAGACCUAUAGCUCACUGCCACAUUGUACAUACCUGUGAAGUGGCAGUGAGCUAUUGGUCUGCACUGCCCACAGGAUGCAGGUCAGUGUUCUGCCUUCUAUGAUGAUUGGUCUUGAGCUGAGCAAGUCUGAAUGGUUUAUUCUUUUCUGUUUAUCAAAGUUUAAACAUUUGUGGUGAGUUGUAAGAUAUCCCAUCCUGCUAGUCCAGAAAUAUACAAAAAGUUUGAAAAACAUGUUCUGUUCCAAAUGUUAAUUGGUGAAAUGGUCAAAUGGUCAUGUUGCUAUUCUGUUCUGAAUGUUUAAUGAUGUUAUGUUGCUAGUUUUUUAAUCACAUUAAAUAUAAAAUAUUUUUUCCUUAAUUUUAUUAUAAGUAUGCUUAAUUUUCAUUUUUAUGUAAAUAUUUCUCAAUAUUUAUUUUUUAAUGUAGAUAUUUUGUCUUUCCAUGUCUGUGAAAUAAUUUGUUUACUAUAGUUUUUUAAGAUAAAAUUACAUGUAUAUUUGGCAGUUCUGGCUUAUUACUUAACUAUUUAGUAAGUUUUCAAAAAAUGAACAAAUAAAUUUAACAAAUAAACAGACAUAGGACAUAGUAAUCUUCUUCUUCUACAGAAUGUCUGUAUUUUAUUUUAUGUUUGAAUUUAAUAUACAGAAAUGUUUUUUUUUUAACUUUUAAAUCAAAUUGUUAAUAUAUAGUUUUCAAAGACCUUGAUAGACAUUACCAUUUGCUGAGUGCAAUAUUAUUUCAGUUAGUAAAAAUAUUUGGUUUAAAGAAUAUUUUUCAUUUUUUAAAUUGUUAAAAUGACUUUUUUGUUGAAUUUGUCAAAAGAAAUUAAGCAAUGAUUUUUUUUUUUUGUGUGUAGAUGCUGUUUAACUUAAUCACUUGGAGUUUUAUGAAGUAUUAAACAUUAUUUUAAAAUGUUUUUAUAGUAGUUGUACACUAUUUGUGUGUCUGUUUGACCUCAUUUUUUGAAUUGUUAGUUUGCAAAAUUUAAUUUGAGGUGAAUGACUUUGAUUUUAGAAUUACUUAGUUUUUGUCAUUAAGUGAUUUUAGAACUACUUAGUUUUUGUCAUAAAGAUUAGUGCCUCUAAAGAAAUAUUAAUUUGGCUUAACCAGAGAUUAUUGUAGCACGAUCUAUAGUUUAAUGGUGCCCCUUAAUAGAAGCAGGUCAUAUCUGUCAUUUAUUCCUGCUUAAUAAUCUAGUAAACUCCUGUUUACGGUCCUGACAGCUUGAGAUUAAAUAUUUUAUAAAAUAAAAGCUUUUUGUGGCAAAAUAUUUUUCAACUUUAGAGAUAUGAAAGAGUAGCCAUUAAAAAAAGUUGUUUUUUUCUAUA